GAUCAACCUCCUUGUGAUCCUUGUGACGCCGCGAAUCCCUUCAAAUUCAUAUUUCAAUAAAGCAUCUGCGAGGUGCACUUGUAUUCAUUGUAGUUUUGAAAUUUCUCACGAUACCAAGAACAUAGCACUGUAUAUCAGCUGUACUUCUACACGCGUACCUGUACGGGCACUGUACUAAUUAUUAUCUGAUCGUCUUAAUCCUGACAAUACAGUCCAUCUUGUCGUUCGGGUCACCAGGCAACACAAACAACCACAGGCAAUUACAGAGCACGGCAGACGGUCAUUGCUCAUCACCCAACGGCCGACAGGGUCCAAACUAUAUAUCAUUCGAUUUCGUCCCCACCAAUCUACGAAACUUCCUUCUGUUAUUUAUUCUCUACCCACGUCGACCUCCGAUCGCGAAAUCUAGCAUACCGUCGAACGAGUCGUUCAGGAACCCGAACAGACCUAGCAUCGCUGAUCUGUCUACCAUCCAUCACUUCAAAUACUUCUAAAAUAUUCGCAGCACUCAAUUGUCGCCAUGUCGGACGGCGUUUGUGGAGGGUCUAAGAAUGCCCUCCUCACUCACUUCGAUCGGAAUGCUAGUCGCGAGACUCAAGAGAGCCGCGAACGACGCCUCCAACGAGAAGUGGAAGAAUCCUUGUUUCGCGACAGCCUCAAAUGGGACGAAAUGAUUGCCAAUGCCCAAUUCAAGCACUUCCAGUCAGGCAAGCCACUACUUCCAACCGAACACCCUGCACACAUUCCCGGCCCUUCGAUGCCCCAGGGUGUACAGUCUUUCAACGCACCUCCCGGACUCGGUAUGCUAAAUGGUUAUGGACCUCAGCAACCUUCUACGGCCUUCAGACCUCAUGCCUACCCUGCCACCCCCAUGAAGGCCCAGAGUGCACACCAAAGUUGGGUUGAUCAGUUCCAACGCCUGCAACCUUUACCGAACAUGAUUCAUUCCCCCGGUAGUCGAUCUGUUAACAACCACGUCGACCACCGCUUAUCUGCUCCCAUGCAUAUGACUCCAGCACAAGUACCCAUGCCAGCACCCGCACUGCCUCCUCUACAAGAGCCCACCACCGUUACUGGCAAUCUGAAACCCCACGUCGAAUUCGAUAGUGCGUUUCAAGGAUGGAUGGAUGCCAUUGCCGGCGAUGAAACUCUUCUCUGGACAAGAUAUGAAGGUCCCGAUUCAGCUCCAGCUUCAGUCCCAGCCCAAGUCCCGGACCUGGCACCUAAGGCGCCUGAGCAGCCUGUCGCGCAUCUCGCAGCGGACGAACCAGUUCGCACCCAAGAGCAAACAACGACCCCCACAGAGCGCGUGCGAAACAGCGAGGACUCCAAACUCGCAGUUGCGGCCCAGGAGAUCAUCAACUCCGUGUCUAACGACCAGUCGGAUAAGUUCCAACAGUCAGAGUUUCUGAGUCUCAUGCGCCGAAUCGCCUCUAUGGACUUGGUGGUCCGCGACAACGCGUUAGUGAACCCUGACACGCUGGCUCCGGCCGAAACGAAGAGCUCGAGCUCUGGUGAAAGCAUCAGCAAGGCGGGUCGCGUUCAGCCUAAGAAGGCGACGGUGGAGGAUGAGGAGUAAUUGUACUGAAAUACAAUGCUACGGAUAAGAAACAACCAACGGAUACCCCAUGGUAGAGAGCGGGGGCGCAUAGGAAAGGGAAGCAGGAAUCAACGGCGUAUUACUUGAAUUCGGAGUUCUAAGUUCUACGUCUGUAUACCUAGCUACUGGACAUCAUCGGCGGCAAAAGCAUUGCCAUGUGCAUGAUCCCCCUUAGGUCCUCAGAUAGCCUAACGCUCAAUAACGGAUGCCACGCAUAUUCUGUUCCUCUUGUCGCUCGUGAUCGAUGUCGUGAUAUGUAGUUCGUAAUUAAUAGUAUUAGCUCCGCG